CGUAAGGAUAACAUUCAGUUGAAAGUCAGAAUUCUUUGCUACUUUUUAAAAGUAAAAUCCGCAGAGUCAUGGUAUCAAUUCCAACUGUGAAAACGUUUUGCGGAUGUUGUGAUUUAAAAAUCCCUUGUAUCGUCAUCGCAUUAUUUCGAAUGGUUGUUUGCAUCAUUACCUUCAUAAUACUUAUUGUAGCUUUUAUGGUUACCGGAUACGCUGUCGGUAUCAUCGAAAAUAAACAACUUGAGCACGAAGAAGAUCGUGAAGCCGUAAAAGUCAUCGCGGCUCUGAUUUUCACUUGGCUUAUUGCUCUUAUUCCUAUUGUUUUGAUAGAUAUAGUAACUUCCUAUUGGUUCAUACGGGGUGCCAUCGCUAAAGAUGCCAAUAAAAUGAAAUUCUACGUUUACAUGGAAGCAGUCAAUGUUUUUAUGUUGGCGCUGGCAACUCUAUUUAUGUUCGAUCUGCAAUAUUUUGCGAGCACUGUUGUCGAAUGUUACUUUGCCAUAUGCUCCUACUCUCUAUAUAUACAAUACAAGUUAUCACCGCACGACGAUACCGAAAAUACGGUUAUCAAAUUUGAAAAUAUUCCAACACCACCUCCGCAAUAUAGUAGCUGUGAAAAGGAUCUGAAUGUGCAAAGUACUGGAGCUUAUCCUAAGCUACAUCCUUAAGUGCCACCAUCUGAUGAGUAAUCACCCAGCAAAUUCGACUCUACUAUGUUUACUCAGCUUUCAGGCGUCUGUAAGUCAAAAAUGCUUAGCUAUCAUAGAGAAAAUAUUUAUCGCAUAUUUUGUAUUAAAAAAGUGUUCUAUAAUGUGGGUCGGUCAAUCAGUUAAAACAGGGGAAACAACAAGAGCGAAUGGUGGGACAGGCUUCAUUUGCCAUUGAUGCGAAUGAAGAGAAAUAUGAGCAAAUGAGUG